AGGGUUAGGAGGGAGGCGUGGGCGUGGGCUCCGAGGGGAAGAGCCCGUGACGCGCCUCCUCUCUCCCUCCAAUCGGCAUAUAAUCCAGAGAGCCCUGGCUCCUUCCUCGGCUGCUGCUGGGUCUGCGAGGGGCCGAAAGGCAGCGCCUGUCCCUGGCUCUCUCUCUCUCUCUCCCUCUUGGCUUCCCUCCUGCUGCUGCUGCUGCUGCUGCUGCUGCUGCUGCCCCCCUCUUUCCCGGGGCCUGCCCCUUUUCUCUGCCCUCUGCCCCCCGGACGCUGCCACCCUGAAGUUUCUGGUGGUGCUGCUGGCCGCAGGGAUGCUGGCUUUCCUUGGUGCAAUCAUCUGCAUCAUCGCGAGCGUCUACCCUGCGGCCAGCACCCGCAACGGCGCUCUCCAAGGUGCUGAAAACGGCUCCAGCGCCCCGGGCUCCCCGGCCGGGGCCCACGCCCUGCUGCCGGCCGAGAAGAGCCCCCUGGGGGCCCUGCACCACGGCGCCGCCGGCGAGGGGGACUCCCUGCUGGAGCUGCUGGCCAGCGCCCGGCCCCACCAGCCCCAGCACCCGCAGCUCUUCAGCCGCUUCCUCUGCACCCCUCUGCUGGCCUCCGAGUGCCCCCCGGAGGAGGGCGGCCCCCAGGGGGACACUCCGGCCGCCGCCCCCGAGGAGCUCCUCUUCCUCCAGAGCACCGCCCAGCAGCUCCGCCAGACGGCCCAGCAGCAGAAGGAGCAGAUCCGCACCGACCAGGAGACCAUCCGGGAGCUGACCACCAAGCUCAGCCGCUGCGAGAACGGCCUGGAGCUCACCUUCCAGGACAGCCCCUGGGGGGGCCACAGGCCGGACACCAUGGGGGACCUGCCCUGGGACUCCCCAGCCAUGAUCCACGAGCUGGAGGAAGCCGUCCGGACCCUCAAGGACAGGAUCGACAAGAUCGAGCAGGAUAUCCCAACACGAAUAAAUGCUUCGUCGACAUCAGCCCCCGUAGCCGCACAAGAGACCAUUCAUACCAAGAUGGAAGAACUGGAGGAGCAGCUUCUCUCCAAGAUUUUGGCUCUGGAGAAAGAGCGCUCAUCCAUCGUCAACAGCCAUGAUCUGCAGCAGCAACAGCAAGAUGUGGAGAAGGAGCUGGAUGCCCUUCAGAACCGAGUCUCUGAGCUGGAGCAUGGUCAGUCCUGGCAGGGAGGGCUCAAAAGCUGUGAAUGCAAAAGUCAUGAAUAUCUUCCAUGUAUCUCUCCAGUUAGCAUGUAUAUUCAUCAGACACUUCUAGAGAGAAGGAGUUUUUUUGAUGCAUUGGGUGGAAGAUUUGAUGCCACUCAAGCCUUUGUGGGUGAAAUUUCUCAGUUCAACCUUUGGGAUCGUGUUCUGACACCAGCAGAGAUUGCAGGCCUGGCCAACUGCACCAACCACCUUCAAGGCAACAUCAUCCACUGGGAUGAAAAACUGGUGGAGGUCCACGGAGGGGCAGCCAAACAAAGCUUUGAGAUCUGCGAAGAGAAGAUGAAGGCAUGA